ACAAUAAAAAAAAUGUCACUAGUUUGAAUCCAAUCACGUAUAAAGUAUCCAAAUAGGAUUAGGCAGAGGUCAAAAUUCUAACCUUCUAACACGACAGUCAGCCUCAAAUUUCACUUUUCCUUCCACACAUUUCGUCGAACACUUUCCGGGCAUGGCAUCACCGAAGAAGCCACCAACAGAAUCCGACCGACCACCGACAGCCAUCAUGCACCAACCGGCAUCUCCUCGCUUCCCGCCGGGAACACCUACAUCCGGCGCUAAUCGGAAGAUCGCCAUCGCCGUCGAUCUCAGUGACGAAAGCGCUUACGCCGUAAAAUGGGCUGUAGAAAAUUAUCUCCGUCCAGGUGACGCCGUCAUCCUCCUCCACGUCCGUCCGACAUCCGUCCUCUACGGAGCUGAUUGGGGCGCUAUAGACGUUUCUAUUGACACAACGGAUGAGAAAUCGAAGCAGAAACUUGAAGAAGAUUUCGACAACUUUACAAGUACAAAAUCUAAUGACUUAGCACAGCCGCUUGUUGAUGCCAACAUUCCGUUCAAGAUUCGUAUUGUGAAGGAUCAUGAUAUGAAGGAGAGAUUGUGUUUGGAAAUUGAGAGGUUGGGGUUGAGUGCUGUGGUUAUGGGGAGUAGAGGGUUUGGGGCAUCGAGGCGAAACACGGAAGGAAGGCUUGGGAGUGUUAGUGAUUAUUGUGUACGUCAUUGUGUUUGCCCUGUUAUUGUGGUGAGAUACCCUGAUGAUAAAGAUGGUGUUCCUGAUGAUGAUGAUGAUAGUUUGGGUAAUGAUGGCUCAGCUAAAAAAGCGGCCGAGGUGCUUCAUCCGGUGCCUGAGGAGGAUUCGCUUUAUCAUAAUGCAUCGGAUAAAGCCACAGAUACGGAGAAGGCUUCUUGAAUAAUGAAGAUGGGUGUGCAUGUUUCAAUACUGACAGAAUGGCCUUCAAUGGUGUUGAGUACGCCAGUGAGAAAUGAAUUUGGUGGUUCUCUGUGCCUUCUUUCCGCUAGUUGUCCUCUGCUGUGCUUCAAGUUCGUUAAGUCUGGAACAAUUGAUAUUGUUCAUGAGCUACUCCUUUAUUCUCUCUUUCUUUUUCAUUUUCCUUUUCUCUUUUGGAGGCGUGGGACCGUUGUUUUAGUUUUUUGAAUUGGCUGCCUGUUUUCUAUGUGCAAUAACCAACUUUCUGGAGCUGCUAUAUAAGUUAACGGUUCUUGGUUG